AUGGACAAGAAUCUGUUUGCACACGGGAAAGAGGAGGGCUGGGAGGUCAAGGUCCUCUUGGGGGCAGUGGGGACUGGGUGGAGGGAGGGCUGCUGGGGUCCAGGCAUCAGGGGAGGCUUUGGCUGGGCCUGGGGGCUGCGGGAGCUCACGGCAGUGAGAUGGAAUAAGGGGCAGCAGGUACAGCAGGGUAGAGGCAGUAAAGGCUCCCAGAUCCAGCAGAGCGUCCUCAGAGGAACUUCUGGAAUGGGCCCCUGGCCCUGGGUCAAAAUUAGGUCAGAUUUGGGACUUUCUGUGGAAUUUUCCCCUCUCCUCCCUGCCCUCCUUCUUCCAUUUUCCAAACCAUCCGAGGACCUUCCCACCCUUAACCUCUUCUCAGCUUCAACCUCUAGGCAGCCUUCUGCAGUGAGGAGAGGUGGGGGUGAGGGGGUGGUCUUCCCAGGGCUCAUCUGUGUUGAGUGA